GCAGAAGUGAAGGUGCUGAAGGACCAGCUGGAGAUCGAGAAGCAGGCCUGGGAGGCGAACUACGUGAAGAAGGAGGCAGAAGUGAAGGUGCUGAAGGACCAGCUGGAGAUCGAGAAGCAGGCCUGGGAGGCGAACUACGUGAAGAAGGAGGAAGCCUGGCUGCUCUCCCGGGAGCGGGAGCUGCGGGAGGAGGUGAGGAAGGAGAGGGACAAAGAGAUCGAGCUGGUGAUCCAGCGCCUGGAGGCUGACAUGUCCUCGGCCAAGGAGGAGUGCGAGAGGGCGGCAGAGAACAGGAUUAAGAGGAUCCGAGACAAGUACGAGGUGGAGCUCCAGGAGCUGGAGAGGUCCGAGCGGAAGCUGCAGGAGCGCUGCAACGAGCUGAAGGGGCGGCUGGCAGAGCUGGAAGGGGAGAGCCUCCGUCUGCAGGGCCUGCUGAAGCACAAGGAGCAGGAGGUGGAGGAGAUCUGGAAGGUGAGGGACCAGCUGGACCAGGAGUGGAGCGGCCUGGCAGAAGUGAUCCGGCAGGAGUUUGCUGACAGGCUGGUGGGAACAGAGGAGGAGAACAAGCGGCUGAAGGCGGAGAUGGCAGAGAUGCGAGCCCGGCAGCGCCUGGAGCUGGACAGGGUGGUGCGGGAGAAGGACCAAGAACUGGAGGAGGUUCACAGGAG